GCGGGGCCUGGUGUCAUGGCUGCUCCCUGUUCGGACCGACUCUUCGCGAGGUGUUGACCAUGUCCAAGGAGCAGGUGACUAUCAGUGAGCUCCUGCUCUCAUUGGACAGUUCCGAGCUGCAGGAGGCGGAGCAGGUGAGAGCGACAGUCAACCAGCAGCUGAGCUCAGACAGAGGGGGUGCGGUUCUCUCCUCCCUGGUGGAGCACUACCUGGACUCCUCCUCGUCCCAGGCCGUUCUCCUCCUGUCGACCAUCAGAGAAGCUCAUCACAAGCUGCUGCUGGAGAAGCUCCACGAGUCUCUGAACAGACCUGCAACCAGAUUGGCUGCUCUGACUCUGCUGGGUCACCUGAUCCGCAAGCAGCCGCCAUGGGUUCAUCACAUCAGCCGCUCCCCCCUGCUGCCGUCCCUGCUGCGCUACCUCAAGACGGACAGCGAUGUGGCCGUUCUCAUCACUGCGGUCCUGGUCCUCAUCACUCUGUUACCCAUGAUCCCUCAGGCCGGGAAACAGCACAUCUACGACUUCUUCGAUGUUUUCGGACGCCUUGCAUCCUGGAGUUAUAAAAACCCUGGUCUUGUGCCUGUGGUUCACCUGGUCCACCUCCAUGCAGGCGUGUACUCACUGUUCCACCGUCUGUACGGGAUGUUCCCCUGUAACUUCAUCUCCUACCUGAGGCUCCACUACAGCAUGAAGGAGAACCUGGACACCUUCCAGGAAAUCGUCAAGCCGAUGCUGGAACAUGUAAGGGUUCACCCUGAGUUGGUCACAGGGACUCAGGACUAUGAACUGGACCCGUCCAGGUGGAGAUGUUAUGAAGUCCAUGACAUCGUGAUCGAGUGUUCCCGAGUGUCUCUGGAUCCUCUGGAGUCGUCAUGUGAGGACGACAGUUUCUCCUCCCUCAGAGACCCCCCUUCCUCACCCUCACCUCGACCCCCCCCUCUGUCCUCCCCCCUCCCCCCGCUCGACCUCACCUGCAUAGAUGGCGUCAGCAGCACAGGAAGCUCAACGUGUCCGGCUCUGCCUCAGUUGACCUUUGACACUUGCAUACAGGCUGAUGAUGUCACAUGGAGCCCCUCCUCUCACUGUGGUUUGUCCACGCCCCCCCCUGAACCUGCUGCCACAGACUCCACCCACCCACCAAGCAGAACCGCAUCCUUCUCAGCUGUGGAAUGUCCCCCGUCUCCCUCCGUCCCUGUGACAUCACUGAGCCAAUCCAACCAGGACGGGGGUCUGACUCCUCGUGACCACCACCAGGUGAAGCAGCAGCCAAUCCCAGAGCUGGAGAGGUCAUCCAGUCAGCCAGUCACAGAGAAGGAGGAGAGAGCUCGAAGUGAUGUCAUCAACAGCAGCGGAGACUCCACCCCCCCUCAGCACGUCCUCCUCACCUCUACCCCCAGCUGUGGCCAGUCAGACUCCUCCCUCCCCCGUCCUCCCCCCUCCAUCUCACUCUGCUUCACCCCACCAACCAGGUCAGAGGAGGGAGGCCUCUUCGAUCAGAGUCCCGCCUUCCCAUACGAACCCCUGUUUGAGCUGGCUCUGCCUCGAGCCGCACAACUCUUCAUCGGGAGGAAGACUCUGGAGGCGCUGGAGAGAGCAGCAGGUCAGCAGGAGACGGGGGGAGGUGGGGGAGGAGUGGAGGGAGAGGACAGGAAGCAGGAUCUGACCUCCGUCUCCCCUCUGGAGGCUCUGGACCAGCUGAUCAUCCACGGACGCGACGCCCAUGAACGCCUGAGCAGUAGGUUGUCAGCUGUCAGUAGGUCGGUGGAUCGAAGUCAUUUUGGAGGUAAACAGCAAAGCAUGAAAACCAAAGGUGCGGUCGUGGGGGAGGAGCUUCAGUCGCUGAGGAGUCAGUUGUUGCUGAUCCACAGUCAGCUUCAGUACGAACGUUUCAAACGGCAGCAGCACGCCAUCAGAAACCGCCGCCUGCUGCGCAGAGUCAUUAGCUCGACUGCGCUGGAGGAGCAGAGUAUCGCCAUGAGGGCUCAGCUGGGCGUUCAGGACGAGGAGAUUCGUUCUAUGAAGUUGAGUCUUGAGGAAGAACAGAGACGUUCUACACAACUGCAGCAGGACACACACACACACACCAACCAGCUGAACACACAGAUCCAACAACUGCUGCUGCAGCAAAAGGACGAGCAGACACACAACCAGAGGCUACAGAGCGACCUUCAGGAGUGUCAGAGCAGGCUGAGAAUUGUGGAGGCGGAGCUUCAGAGUGCCAAUAACAAGGCCUACAAUUCUGAGCAUCAGCUGACCCAGCUGUCACUCAAGUUGAGCAGCAGUGAACAGUUGCAGCAGCAGAUCUUCUUGAUGAACCAGCAGCUCGUCCUCCUCAGAGAAACUAACAGAGCUCUGACCAAUCAGCUGGAGGGAGGAGGGGCCGGCCGUUUGACCGAGGCGUCCAUGCUGCAGUGCAGUGUGGGUAAAGAGUGCCAGCGCCUGAGGGACAGCGAUGUCCAGCAGAGACAGAAGCUGGAGGCAGCCAAUCACAGGAUCGUGGAGCUUGAGAACCAGCUGACCAGGAAAGAUCAGUUGAUCCAGGAUCAGAAGAAACUCCUGGAGGACACCAAGGCCCAGAGCAGAGCGGAGUUGUCGGCCUGUGACAGUCGCUGCCUUGCUCUGCAGCGAGUCAGUCAGAACCUGCAGACUGAGAUGCUCCAGCUCUACAGUCAGAUCCACCUGGAGACUCACAGUCGCCCUCAGGACGUCUGCGGCAGGCCCAAUGGCGGCAGUGUUGCUUUACCUGUUGCUCAGAGCAGCCUCAGGCCCCGCCCCUCCUCUUCUUCUGUUGGUAUAAUAAAUGGAGUGGUGUCCACCUCCCCCCUGCACCUCCCGUCCUUCUCCUCCUCCCCCCUCUCCCUGUCCCCCAUCGAGUCCCCCCUGGCCGUCGGAUCGUUCCUGGAGCAGCGAGCGCGGCAGCUGUUCGGACCGACCAAUCACAGCCCGGAGGAGGAGCUGGAGGAGGAGCUGGAGGAUGAGGAGGUUCAGUCGGAGACCCUUCUUCUGGAUCCUGAGGUGGAGGAGGCCACCUUCCUCUCAGAGAACCCUCAGAUGGCGCCUCCAAGCCUGGCUGCAGCUCACAGCUUCACCGCCUUCAAACCCGCGGCGCUCCCCCCAGGUCCUGCCCCCCCCGCAGACCUGACCCUCGCUGUCCGCCAGAGGAGACACGAGCUGAGCAUCAUGGACUACGACGAGACGCUGCCAGAGUACUGACAGCACUGGAGGCCGUCCUCAGAUCAGCAGCUGACCUGCUGACUGGUCUGUUUUCACAUCUGCCUUAAAAACACUGCGUGUCACUUCCUGUUCCUGUUCGCUGGAUAAAACCAUCGCGGUGAAUGAAUUGCAAAGCUAGCUCGAAUGCUAACCAGCCAAUAAGCUGACAGAGAUUACAGAGAAUCAGUCGGAGUUUAACCUCCAGAGCACAAAUGAAACGACAAACUCACUGAUUCUAUUGAAAUGAACCGAUAAAUGUUAUAAAUCUCAGUCCAACUAAAGAACUCAAGCUAAGAUAGAAAUCAGAGAGAAACUUAUUCAACAACUGUAGAUUGUUCCGCUGAUGCAACAUGAGCUUGUCAGCUAAGUGGCUUUUAGUUCAAACUAAUCAAAGAGCAGGUUGAUGGAUGUUAAUUUAACAGAAGAAUAGAGAAAUAAGUUAAUGUUAGAAAAAAAUGUAUGAUGAAAGAAUCUUUAACUCCGAUUUAAGAAUAUAUCCAGAUUGUGUCAAAAUAUAAAACGAGUUUUAAAGAGACAUUCAAUUGAACUGUAAAAUCUUAAAAACUAAAUAACUGUCAGAGCAACUAAAUACAACAAAACAAAUCACAUCAGUAAUUUAAUCUGAUGUUUAAAGUCUCACAGCUAACAUUAGCGUGCUAAUAUUUCCCCUCAGCACAUUGACUUGUGAAUGAACUCAUGCUCUGAUGCUGUUCCUGAGUCUGAACGUUGGAUCUUUAGAGUUUUGUUUUUGUUGUCAGGAAACAAUUAAUUAAACCAAAAAUAAGGGAAGAAGGUGGAGGUUUGUUUGAAUGAGUUUAAGGGGAAGCUAGCAGUAGCUGUGCUAAUGAUCCAGCGUCAUCUGCAACAUUAACCUGCCUUCCUGUCACAAACAUCAGAUUUCUCUGCAGCUGCAACAGCUGCAUCAAAACACUAUCAACCUUUUACACCAAAAUUAGUGGUUAUAUAUUUCAGGGAAAAAAAACCUCACGCGUUGCCACGAAUCAGGCUUGACUUCCUGUCUGGACUGACGCUGAGCUGCUCAGUGACGUCUCCUCUGGUCGGUCCGAUCUGAACCUCAGCAGGACUGCUCUAGCUAGAUAUUUAACAUAGAUAGCAUCAUUAGCACAGCCAGGAUGUGCUGUGUAGACGAAGGUGGAUGUGGUGUAACAGCAGCGUGUUCACAGUUCUCAGUGGAAACUGACCAAAGAUCUCCGUGUUCGACCGAGGAGUGAGGACCGUGUGACACGGCGUGAAAUCACACAAAUAACUUCAACAACGAUAAUGAUGAAAACAAGCUGCAGCAUCUGAAAUAUUAUUAAUGUUAGUUUCAUGCUCACUGACAGCACUGUCCACAGUUGAUCAUGGAGGUCCUCAGGGUUCUAUGCUUGGUCUGUUAUAGUAUUUCCUAUAUACAGAUGUAGCAGCAGACAUUCAUAAACAUAAUUAAAAGUUAAAAUGGAUAAAAACACCAGCGCCCGUGUGAUCGAGGCGCCGUUAUUCAUUGUUAAACUUUUGGUCUGGACGUUGAAGAAACGGUUUGGAGGUUUAUUUUGAAAGAGACCCUUUUGCUGUCAGUCUGUGGGGAGACUCAGCUGCAGCUGAACUGAUGCAAUACAAAUUCUGCUUGAUUUUCUUUAUCCACAUGUGUGUGUUUGUUAAACAGAAAAGGGAAAAUGUUGAUCAUCAAAUCUCCAGCAAGGUAUUUCACAAAGUGAUCCCACUUGUCACAGGCAGGCGGAGUCACGCGCUCUCUGCUUGACCAGUUCUAAUGUUUAAAUAACACUUUGCUUCUUCUUCAUAUCCAGCAACAUUUACAGCCAUAAGAGGAAACUGUGACAGGCCGCUCAGGUUCAGGUACAGGACGCGUUCAUUCCAGUUGAACUGCUGCUUCCAGCCUUUAUGCUAAGCUAGGCUAGCUGUCUCAGAUCCUGUGUGAAGCUACAGCGUUUUCUGAUUCUGUGUGAUGUUGAUCUCAAAUUAUCGGGUGUAACAUCGGAACGUGUUGGAACCGUGAUCUCCUUCAUGUAAUGUGAACAUGUGACGCUGAUCUUCACCACCACAAGCAAGAGAAGGGAAACUGGUCCUUCAAAGUAAAGGCUGUGUUCAUCGUCAUGACAACAAACGGAUGAAUUAUCUGAUUAUCUUUCUUUUUCUGCAGUGUUGUUUUCACCUGAGAAACACAGGGGGCGCUGUUCUGUGUCAUCACCAGCUGGAAUAGACAAAUAUGAAACUGUGAACACUAAAAUAAAGAUUUAUUCAUAA